AUUAUUAUAUAUUAUAAUGAAGAAAAACUCAAAACAGAUAUUAUCUUCAAUUUCCAGGUAGUCAUGAAUUUCCUUUUUGGUAAGUCCUCCUAUCAGAAAACAUUUAAACCCAAAAAGAACCUACCGGACGGAGCCCAACAUCUAAAAGAUUAUGCUGAGGCUACAUUAGGGUCGGGUAACCUGGGACUCGCAGUUAAAUUACCUGACGGAGAGGAUCUGUGCGAGUGGGUGGCAGUUAACACUGUAGAUUUCUACAACCAAAUCAAUAUGCUGUACGGAACUAUACAAGACUACUGUACUGAGGAGUCCUGCUCGAUAAUGACAGCGGGUCCUAAAUACGAGUACCAUUGGUCUGACGGUACCUCAAAACCUAUCAAGUGUUCUGCUCCUAGGUAUAUAGAUUUGUUGAUGACCUGGGUACAAGACCAGUUGGAGGAUGAUAAAAUGUUCCCUGAUAAGAUCGGUGUCGCCUUUCCCAAGAAUUUCCUCUCAAUUUGUAAGAACAUCCUGAAGAAGCUUUUCAGAGUAUAUGCUCACAUUUACCACUGCCAUUUCAAUAACGUUAUAGAUUUGGGAGAAGAGCCUCAUCUGAACACUUCACUGAAGCACUUUGUUUACUUUUGUAACGAGUUCCGCCUGAUCGAAGAGAAACAGUAUGCUCCACUUAAAGACCUCAUUGACAAGCUCAUCAACAAGGAACCCAAAUAAGAAGUGAACCGUGCCCGUGGUGCAGUGAGAAGAAUUUCAGAAAAGUUCUCAGAAAACCUGAAGAAAUGAAUAUACUGACGCCGUUAUUUGAAUAGUGGCACCAUUAUCCUAGUAGUGACGCAAUAGUGAUGCAACUAUCCUAGCAAUUGUCCGAAUUGUGACGUCACUAUUUGGCGUACACAGUGUCGGUGAUUGUUAUGAUGAGUUUUGCGAGCUUAAUCAAUGAACGUUAUCAAGGUUACCAUUGUUACCAUGGUUAUUGAUGACGUAAAACUGUAUCUCUAUUUGUACAAAAUACCGCAAGUACCUUUAAUCUGUAUUACUGAGAUGAUAUAAUGUAAACUGUAAGAAUGUUACUUUUAGAAAACUUUCCCACACGAUUAUUUCACUGGAUAAUAUCAUGUUAUGUGCCUCGUAUAAGGUUCCUGAUAUAUGCGAAUAAUAUACAUAAUAUAUACCUAUAUAAUAUACUACUGAAUAACUCUUCAAAUUAUUGCUGGUCGAAAUUAGGGAUUCCUGCGACAAAUAUGCUCUAACUUUUGCAUUUAAACUGUAAGUGUAGUAGAACUACCGUGACUAGUUUAGUAAAGUUAGGGGCAGAUGCCGGAACUAAUAAUGUGGUGCAAUGUAAGCAGGUGUGGUAUUGCUGUACCCUGUAACAGUUACAGGGUACAGCAAUAUGACAGGGUUAUUGUUUACUGCGAUGUGGUUUAUCUGAACAAUAUACAAAUUGUUAGAUUGGUAGAACUUGCAGAAUAACCCACUAGGAUCUGGGUAACUUAACAAUAACAAUACCUUGUCCUCAGUAAAAGAGAUGUAUUUAUAUAUACACUAUACUAGUACAUACUACAUAGUAUACACUGUACUAAUAGUAUAUACUGUACUAGUAUUAUACACCAGUAAUACCUGUACUAGUAGUAAUAGUGGACAUGACACCUGCCUCACUGUUAAAACACCAAUAUUUUACAUUUCUUAUCGUCCCACUCUAAUUUCUAAAUAUCUUAUAAUUUGAUACCACUUUUACUUACGACCCGCUUCAUUUCCACUUUCCAAUGAUUUUACCUGCCGUGGUAAUGACGAUAUUUUAAAAUCGCAACAUUUUG